CGGGCGGGCCGCCGAGCUCUCUAUGAGUUCGUAAAGUUGUGCGGUCCUCGCUGCGUCCGCCGCCCGGCCGUGCCCCGCGCCCCCCGUGCGUCCCGCGCGCCCCCAGCCCGCGCCCCGCCGCCAGCAUGGACGUCCACACCCGCUGGAAAGCGCGCAGCCCCGGCGCCCCGCCGCUGCCCCCGCCGCCGCUGCUGCUGCUCCUGCUGCUGCUGUGGGCGCCGCCUCCGAGCCGCGCAGCUCAGCCAGCAGAUCUCCUGAAGGUUCUAGAUUUUCACAACUUGCCCGAUGGCAUCACGAAGACCACAGGCUUCUGCGCCUCACGACGCUCUGCCAAAGGCCCGGACGUCGCCUACCGAGUGACCAAGGAGGCCCAGCUCAGCGCGCCCACCAAGCAGCUGUACCCGGCAUCUGCAUUUCCUGAGGACUUCUCUAUCCUGACCACUGUGAAAGCCAAGAAAGGCAGCCAGGCCUUCCUGGUCUCCAUCUACAAUGAGCAGGGUAUCCAGCAGGUUGGCCUGGAGAUGGGCCGUUCCCCAGUCUUCCUCUAUGAGGACCACAUGGGAAAGCCUGGACCUGAAGAUUACCCCCUCUUCCGGGGUAUCAACCUGUCAGAUGGCAAGUGGCACAGAAUUGCUCUCAGCGUUCACAAGAAGAACGUCACCUUGAUCCUUGACUGUAAGAAGAAGAUCACCAAGUUCCUGGACCGCAGCGACCACCCCAUGGUCGAUGUCAACGGAAUCAUUGUGUUCGGCACCCGCAUCCUGGAUGAGGAGGUGUUUGAGGGUGACAUCCAGCAGCUGCUGUUCGUCUCCGACCACCGGGCUGCUUACGACUACUGCGAGCACUACAGCCCUGACUGCGACACUGCUGUCCCCGACACCCCUCAGUCUCAGGACCCCAACCCAGAUGACUACUACCCAGAAGGAGAGGGUGAAGGCGGCGAGGCGUACUACUACGAAUACCCCUACUAUGAAGACCCUGAAGACCCGGGGAAGGAGCUCACGCCCACCAAGAAGCCAGUGGAAGCCGCGAGGGAGACUACGGAGAUUCCCGAGGAGCUGACCCAGCCCCCCACGGAAGCCCCGACUGUGCCCGAGAUGAGCAACAGGGCUGGGAAGGAAGAAGACCCCGGCAUCGGGGAUUAUGACUACGUGCCCAUCGACGACUACUACACCCCUUCCCCAUAUGAGGACCUCAACUACGGCGAGGGCAUGGAGAACCCUGAGGGGCCCCUCGACCCUGACGCAGGGCCCGAGGUCCCCACCAGCACCACCGUCGCCUCCAAUGGCUCCAACCCAGCCCCACCUCCUGGGGAAGGGAAGGAUGAUCAGGAGGGCGAAUUUACCGAGGAAACCAUCAAGAAUCUAGAUGAGAACUACUACGACCCUUACUAUGACCCUGACCAUGACUCCAGCACCAACCCAUCAGAGAUCGGGCCGGGCAUGCCAGCGAACCAGGACACCAUCUUCGAAGGGAUUGGAGGACCACGAGGUGAGAAAGGCCAAAAGGGAGAACCGGCAAUCAUCGAGCCAGGCAUGCUCAUCGAGGGGCCCCCCGGCCCGGAAGGCCCUGCUGGCCUUCCGGGACCUCCAGGAACCACAGGUCCCACUGGCCAAGUGGGUGACCCAGGAGAAAGGGGUCCCCCAGGACGUCCGGGUCUUCCCGGGGCUGACGGCCUGCCUGGCCCUCCUGGGACCAUGCUCAUGCUGCCGUUCCGGUUUGGAGGAGGUGGCGAUGCGGGCUCCAAGGGCCCCAUGGUUUCUGCUCAGGAGUCACAGGCCCAGGCCAUCCUCCAGCAGGCCAGGUUGGCGCUGAGAGGACCAGCCGGCCCGAUGGGGCUCACAGGGAGACCCGGCCCCAUGGGUCCUCCUGGGAGUGGAGGUUUGAAGGGCGAGCCCGGAGACAUGGGGCCUCAGGGUCCCCGAGGUGUGCAAGGUCCGCCUGGCCCAACAGGGAAGCCCGGAAGACGGGGUCGUGCUGGGAGUGACGGAGCCAGAGGCAUGCCUGGACAGACGGGUCCCAAGGGUGACCGUGGCUUUGACGGCCUGGCGGGGUUGCCAGGAGAAAAGGGCCACAGGGGUGACCCUGGCCCCUCCGGUCCUCCAGGACCUCCGGGAGAUGAUGGAGAAAGGGGUGAUGAUGGAGAAGUCGGGCCCAGGGGCCUGCCUGGGGAGCCGGGGCCACGAGGUCUGCUUGGGCCAAAGGGGCCCCCGGGGCCACCUGGACCUCCAGGAGUGACGGGAAUGGAUGGCCAACCAGGUCCCAAAGGAAACGUGGGUCCCCAGGGUGAGCCCGGCCCCCCAGGACAGCAGGGUAAUCCUGGUGCCCAGGGUUUGCCAGGGCCCCAGGGUGCCAUCGGUCCUCCAGGAGAAAAGGGUCCUUUGGGCAAACCAGGCCUCCCAGGCAUGCCCGGUGCCGACGGACCUCCGGGGCACCCUGGCAAAGAAGGCCCUCCAGGAGAGAAAGGAGGACAGGGUCCUCCUGGCCCUCAGGGCCCCAUAGGCUAUCCAGGCCCUCGUGGAGUCAAGGGAGCAGAUGGCAUCCGAGGUCUGAAGGGCACCAAGGGCGAGAAGGGUGAAGAUGGCUUCCCUGGGUUCAAAGGCGACAUGGGCAUCAAGGGUGACCGAGGCGAGAUCGGCCCACCUGGUCCCAGGGGAGAAGAUGGCCCUGAAGGCCCCAAGGGCCGUGGAGGUCCCAAUGGUGAUCCUGGUCCCUUGGGGCCCACCGGGGAAAAGGGCAAGCUUGGAGUCCCAGGAUUACCCGGAUACCCAGGAAGACAGGGGCCAAAGGGCUCUAUUGGAUUCCCUGGAUUUCCUGGUGCCAACGGAGAGAAGGGCGGCCGGGGGACACCGGGAAAGCCUGGACCACGGGGACAGCGAGGCCCGACGGGUCCAAGGGGUGAAAGAGGCCCACGAGGCAUUACAGGGAAGCCUGGCCCCAAGGGCAACUCUGGAGGCGAUGGCCCGGCCGGACCUCCCGGGGAGCGGGGACCCAGCGGACCCCAAGGCCCCACAGGUUUCCCUGGCCCUAAAGGCCCCCCGGGCCCUCCCGGCAAGGAUGGGCUCCCCGGACACCCUGGACAGAGAGGCGAGACGGGUUUCCAAGGCAAGACGGGCCCACCGGGUCCUCCAGGCGUGGUUGGCCCUCAGGGUCCCACGGGAGAAACAGGUCCGAUGGGCGAGCGUGGCCAUCCGGGACCUCCAGGUCCCCCUGGUGAACAGGGUCUCCCUGGCGUUGCUGGGAAAGAAGGGACAAAGGGUGACCCAGGCCCCGCCGGCCUCCCCGGGAAAGAUGGCCCUCCAGGAUUGCGUGGCUUCCCUGGGGACCGAGGGCUCCCUGGUCCUGUGGGAGCUCUGGGACUGAAAGGCAGCGAAGGCCCCCCGGGACCCCCAGGCCCUGCGGGAUCUCCCGGGGAGAGGGGUCCGGCCGGUGCGGCUGGCCCCAUCGGAAUUCCAGGAAGACCCGGACCCCAGGGACCACCAGGGCCUGCUGGAGAGAAAGGAGCUCCUGGCGAGAAAGGCCCACAAGGCCCGGCUGGUCGCGAUGGCCUCCAGGGUCCCGUGGGGCUUCCUGGUCCGGCUGGCCCUGUGGGUCCCCCUGGAGAGGACGGGGACAAGGGAGAGAUCGGGGAGCCGGGGCAGAAAGGAAGCAAAGGGGACAAGGGUGAGCAGGGUCCCCCCGGGCCUACAGGUCCUCAAGGCCCCAUUGGACAGCCAGGCCCCUCGGGAGCCGACGGCGAGCCCGGCCCGCGAGGCCAGCAAGGCCUCUUUGGGCAGAAGGGAGAUGAAGGUUCCAGAGGCUUCCCCGGGCCACCAGGACCGGUGGGGCUACAGGGCUUGCCCGGGCCUCCAGGAGAAAAGGGUGAGACAGGAGACGUGGGCCAGAUGGGCCCUCCUGGUCCCCCUGGCCCCCGAGGACCGUCCGGAGCCCCAGGUGCUGAUGGGCCUCAGGGUCCUCCUGGCGGCGUGGGAAAUCCUGGAGCAGUGGGAGAAAAGGGGGAGCCCGGUGAAGGUGGAGAGCCUGGUCUUCCAGGGGAAGGAGGCCCCCCGGGACCCAAAGGAGAAAGGGGGGAGAAGGGCGAGGCCGGCCCCUCUGGUGCUGCUGGACCCCCUGGGCCCAAAGGGCCCCCCGGAGACGACGGCCCCAAAGGCAGCCCUGGCCCGGUGGGUUUUCCUGGAGACCCUGGCCCCCCUGGGGAGCCUGGCCCUGCGGGUCAGGAUGGUCCCCCUGGUGACAAAGGAGACGAUGGUGAGCCCGGACAGACGGGAUCUCCGGGCCCGACUGGCGAGCCUGGUCCCUCAGGGCCUCCAGGAAAGCGGGGUCCCCCAGGCCCCGCAGGCCCUGAAGGCAGACAGGGAGAGAAAGGGGCCAAGGGAGAAGCGGGCUUGGAAGGCCCUCCUGGGAAGACAGGUCCCAUCGGCCCCCAGGGGGCUCCUGGGAAGCCCGGGCCUGACGGCCUGCGAGGGAUCCCUGGCCCUGUGGGUGAACAAGGUCUCCCAGGAUCCCCAGGCCCAGAUGGUCCGCCUGGCCCCAUGGGUCCCCCAGGACUCCCUGGCCUCAAAGGAGAUUCUGGUCCCAAAGGUGAAAAGGGUCAUCCAGGCUUGAUUGGACUCAUCGGACCUCCAGGCGAGCAGGGUGAAAAGGGCGACCGCGGUCUCCCCGGCCCCCAAGGUUCAUCUGGGCCCAAGGGAGAGCAGGGUAUCACUGGUCCUUCUGGCCCACUUGGCCCCCCAGGGCCCCCUGGUUUGCCGGGCCCACCAGGUCCAAAAGGUGCUAAAGGCUCUUCGGGUCCGACCGGCCCGAAGGGAGAGACAGGCCACCCCGGGCUCCCUGGUCCUCCCGGCCCACCGGGCGAAGUCAUCCAGCCGCUGCCCAUGCAGGCCUCCAGGACUCGGCGGAACAUCGACGCCAGCCAGCUGCUGGAUGAUGGGGCUGGGGAGAAUUACAUGGACUACGCGGACGGCAUGGAGGAGAUCUUCGGCUCGCUCAACUCUCUGAAGCUGGAGAUUGAGCAGAUGAAGCGGCCGCUGGGCACCCAGCAGAACCCCGCCCGCACCUGCAAAGACCUGCAGCUCUGCCACCCCGACUUCCCGGACGGUGAAUACUGGGUCGAUCCCAACCAAGGGUGCUCCAGGGACUCCUUCAAAGUCUACUGCAACUUCACCGCCGGAGGGGCCACGUGUGUCUUCCCUGACAAGAAGUCGGAGGGGGCCCGGAUCACUUCUUGGCCCAAAGAGAACCCGGGUUCCUGGUUCAGUGAAUUCAAGCGCGGGAAACUGCUUUCCUACGUGGAUGCGGAGGGCAACCCCGUGGGCGUGGUGCAGAUGACAUUCCUGCGGCUGCUGAGCGCCUCCGCCCAGCAGAAUGUCACCUACAACUGCUACCAGUCGGUGGCCUGGCAGGACGCAGCCACGGGCACUUAUGACAAGGCCAUCCGCUUCCUGGGCUCCAACGACGAGGAGAUGUCCUAUGACAACAACCCCUACAUCCGUGCCCUGGUGGACGGCUGCUCCACCAAGAAAGGCUAUCAGAAGACGGUUCUGGAGAUCGACACGCCCAAGGUGGAGCAAGUGCCCAUCGUGGACAUCAUGUUCAACGACUUUGGUGAAGCGUCUCAGAAAUUUGGAUUUGAAGUGGGGCCGGCUUGCUUCCUGGGCUAGGAGCCGCCGCACCCCGGUCUCCCCAGCAACCUUGUGACCUCAGCACGCCGCUUAUGAGUGUCCCGCGCACGGCCAUCCCAGGCAGCCACAGCCUGACCCUGCGCCCAGAGGCACCGCGCAGCGCUGGACCCCACGCCCAGAGAGCAGAGGGGAAGAGCCGCGUCCCCCCCAGCCGAAUCACAUGACCUAGCCACAGCACAGCCUCUUGGUGACGCCCCACAACCCAUCAAUCUGUCUACACCCCAUGCCACCAGGAAGGGAGCGGGCCCCACACCCUCUCUGCCUCCCCCAGCCAGCACCAUUGACCACUGACCGACGGUGUGCACGGACCCUUUGCAGGGGGCAGGGGUGGGGCUGCGGUAUUUGAAUAUCCCUUUUAUAAAAAUCCAACUUGAAGAUGUGCAUUUCCCCUGACCUUCAAGAGAUGUUCCGAGGCAGGCUGGUAAAGGUCGCCCGAGCCUCUGAUCUAACAACCCUCAACACAAUCCAUUUCGAGGCCAAAUGUCAUUCUGCGUGUGCCUUUCCGAUGGAUUAAAGGUGCUUAUGUUUUGUGUGUGUGUGUGUGUAUGUGCGUGUGAGUUUUAAGUAAAUAUUUGUAUUGUAUUGUUAUAAAUGUUAAGUGUGCCUGACUUUCGAUCAUCCCGCGUGGAAACCCCGCUGCAGGCCCACUGGGAGGAUGGACGGGUGGGGACGAGGCGGGGUCUGAACGUCUCCCCACGAGGCCCAUCAGGAACGUGCAAUAAAUUGGAAAUUUGCCUGGAUCAGCAAGAAGCCAGGCUGCCUCUGAAAGGUGCCAGGCUGCCUCUGAAAGGUGCCAGGGCCCCUCUGCCCAGUCUCUCUUUUUCAUCAGCUUUGGAUACUCUUUUUUUUUUUUAGGGGAGGAAAAAGAAUUUGGUACUCUGCUUGCCUUACAUGCACUUAGAUUAAAACACAGCUUAAUUGAAAGCUGCUGACUGCUUCCUUUUUGAGCUUCUUGUUCAGCCUGAUAGAGCGUGGCCAGGCAGGGAAACCACCUUCCAUGGGUGAUCAUUAUGACCAUUGGUGCUGAUGUUUUUUUACCCUCCUCUUCUCUUGUGGUGCUAUGUGUUCUUCAGCCUCCUGGAAGGCAACACUGGGGUACCGCGCUUCCUCCCGUCCUCUUCCAUUAUCCCGGUCAUUGGUCCAUAAUCCCAUUGUUGUCAAAGACCUUAAAAUUAGUGCCUGCUACCUUCUUCCCCGAGGCUUGUCCCACACACUCACUGGUGGUGAGUCCCUCCGGAGGCCUGUCACCAGCACUACGCUGUGCCUACUUGAUUGGAAAACACACACGCAACACGAAGACUUCCUUCCUCAGACAGACGCGGUGUACGGCGGCGGGUCGUGUCAGUUGCCAGAAUGGCUGUGGUGCUAACGUUUUCUGUUUGUUCCAAGGACCGAAUCAAAGCUCGCUGCGCCCUCCCACCCAAGCUGCCUUGCACGGGGCCGGGCAGACGAAAAAUGUGCAAUGAGCUUGGCGUCUCCGGGGCUGGCACAGCACCUCGGGUCCCUGGAAGCAGUGUGGGUUUCACAUGUAGGUAUCUUGGGCGUGGGCUCCUGGGGCUCUGGCCCGGUUCCCGCUGGGGGUUAUUCCUUCCCUCGCUCUUCUGGACAAGGGGGGCGAGGGCUGCGUUCUCUGUGGGGAGGCCGCCCCUGGCCAGCAAGGAGGACAGCCCUUUACUGUGAACAUUGUUCUGCGGUGCCCCCUGUCUCCACCGUGGGGGAGGCUCAGGCCUUGGAAGUGAGCCGUGGCCCUCUGGUGCUCCCCCCAACCCCAGCUGUGGUUGUUCUGCGGGAAGUCAGCACAGCACCCGGGAGUGGCAGAAUGCCACCAAUGCCGGUGCCCAAAGACCCUGGCAAACAAGCCCCAUUCUUGCCAAAGAAAAGUCUGGCUUGGAGAUUGUCCCUAGGCCAGGAUGCCAACACACGUCCGGGACCGCCGAGCUUGCCACUGCACAGAAGACCACUCUGGAAGGUAGCCAUGGGAUGCCUGUGGACUCUGUCUAGGUCAUGUGAUUCUGUUUCAACCUCUCACCCCAUGCAAUUUGUCCUCUCACUCGUCAUUGACUUUUUUUCUGUUGGUCCCCUCCAAGUUGUUGUAAUUUGUACGGAAGUCCAAAAUAUGUCCUGUCCUCCUCAGACCACUUUAGCUACAAUAUAUUGCAAUAAAAUUACUUCUUAUAUUUGCAG